GGAGUGGAGACAAUCUGCUCUAAAACACCAAAGAAGAAGAAGAGUCCGUCUGUGGCAGCAGGUUAGCUGACAGAAGAGUGGAGUUUAAAGCGAAACACGAGAAAAUGGACAGAACGGUCAGUCUCCCCAACCAACCAGAAAAGGUCACUACAGUGAAGCUGGUUGAGAGCAGCACGGCCCCCAGCGGAGUGGAACUGGUCAACCUCUACCAGACCAACAGAGUUGGCGACCCCAUGACCCUGGUGACCCUGGCCGAGCAAGUACAGAAGGCGGAUGAUUUCAUCAAAGCCAAUGCUUGCAACAAACUGACCGUGAUUGCUGACCAGAUCAGGUACUUGCAAGAGCAGGCCAGAAAGGUUUUAGAAGAAGCAAAAAGAGACGCCGACCUCCACCAUGCUGCCUGCAACAUUGUGAAAAGGCCAGGCAGCAUGUAUUACCUGUACGAGCGACCUUCUGGACAGAAAUACUUCUCCAUCAUCUCCCCUAAGGAGUGGGGACCGAGCCGCCCUCAUCCAUUUCUUGGUGCAUUCAAGCUUCAGCAUGACAUGUCCUGGACCCCUGCAGACGAGGUGGAGAAGAGAGACGCAGAGAUCGCCAUCAUGGCCAAAGUGCUCAGCCAGCAAACGGCCUUACCUCCGUACACAGAACCCAACUUCAAAGGUCUCACCGAAUGAAGGCCCGCUGAAUCUGGACCAAACCGGGCCAAAAAAGGAUCAGAGAGUCCAUACUGGGCUUAGAAACUGAUAUCUGAGUCACAGUGUGUCUUAACCUGCAACAAGUGCAUAAUGGCUUAGUUAAAGUCGUUUUGUUGGAAAUAUCAAACGGGGACCCAUGAAAGCCUCUGUUAAAGAUGCAUGUAAGGUAAAAAUAUUAACACAAACUGAUAAUUCAUAUCAGAACAUCAUCCCUCUGCAGCUAUCAGACUACAUGCUGAACUGGACCAGAAUAACUACUUUAAAGCGUAAUGUUUAGAUUUCUGACAGGCUGCUACACGUCCACAUCUACAGCUGCAGCUCACCACUUCUUUCUGGAAUGCUGUCAGGAAUGAAGUCCAAAAAGUAAAACUUGUAGACAUUCAUUACACAGAGUGAUGUAUUUCAAGCGUUUAUUUCUGGCCAUUUAGAUGAUUCUGGCUUUAAGUUGAACAAAUCCAAAAAUUCAGUUUCUCAAGAGAUCAAAAAAAUGACAUCAGACCAAUAAAACAGGAUUUAAAUACAGAUACAUGAACCUACCAAACAGCUCAUCUGCAUUGUUGGUUCUGGUGUCUCAUCUUCCUCCAGACAACAGCCCAUAGGUUCUCUGUGGGGUUCAGGUCAGGUCAUAAAGCUGGUGUUACCAUGGUGAUUAAAGCAGGUACUGGUACCUUUGGCAGUGUUGGCUGGUACCAAGUCCUGCUGGAAAAUGAAAUCAGCAUCUCCACAAAGCUUGUCAGCAGAACAGAACAUAAACACCUUGAUUAAUGGAAGUUUUUCAGAAACUGAAUUUUGGGUUUUCACCAGAUGUAGGCCAGAAUCACCAAAAAGAACAGAAAUAAACACUGUAAAUCUCUCACUAUUUGGAUCUUUUUGCUGAAAGUCAAAGAUGACAAAGUAUUUAACUUCUUCCUCUUUUAAUGUCAAAAUCAUUAAACUGCAAUAAUUAUUUCAUUUUAAA